UGCCACGCGCCCCGUAAUGAGUAAAAGGAUAUAUCUAUAUAACAGUAAAGUUGGAGCAUAAGCAAACGAAAGCGAAUGACAUACGGGACACAUUGUUUUAUUUUCUAGUCUCCUAAAGCAAUUUUGCGACUAACAAUGGCAUCUCUUGUGCAAUAUUUCAAAUCUAUACCCACACACAUGGAUUAUGAUGGGCAGGCAAGAGCAGAAAGGCUUUCCCGGGUGAUAAUAACACUCUUUGGGGUGGUAGGUCUCAUCUGGGGCUAUGUCAUACAACAAUUUUCGCAAACUAUUUACAUUCUCGGAGCUGGAUUUGUAAUGGCUGCGAUAAUAACAGUUCCGGCAUGGCCAAUGUAUCGUCGGAAUCCCCUUGAAUGGCUCAAACCACAAACGGAUGCACCAACUAAACAGAAGAAGAGAAACAAAAGCAGUUCUGCGACUGCGUCUUAGUAUAUAAGUGUUUAUCCCAACGUGUUUCCAGUUUGCAAGGAACAAUAUUUCAUGUUAUAAACAAUUUUUUAUGUUUUUCAAGUAACUUGUCUACUGAGCAUGACUUAUUUAUAAACAUGAAAUGAAAUAUAUACCAUGCACGGAAGACUAGAAUUUAUCACUGUGGAUACAUGAA